UUAGACUUAGAGCAAUACUCAAACUAAGUUAAAACUAUUAUUCUUGACAAAUGUUCCUAAAAUUUAUAACGAUAUUGAAUCUAAUAAUCAUUAACUAAUGUCAAUAAAAGUUUAAGCACUCUAUAUCAAUAAUUAAUAUAUACAUAUUUAUUGCUGCUAAAUGUUCAUUUGUAUUGCCGUGUGAGUAUAAGUACAAGUAGUUGUUGAAUAGUACUUUAAUUACAUAACAAAUGAAACCACAACUAACUCUAACAUCUUAAAUUUCCCUCUCAAGUUAAAAGAGUAAAAUAUAUUUCCCCUAAGAGUGACUUUGUUGCCUAAUAUGCUUUUAAAUUAAGAAUUAAGAUAGUCUUUAUCAAAUUUUAGUGUGUUCAAAUACGUUAAUAGAAAACUUCUUACUCCCUUCUUGGGCUAUAGAGUAGUCAAUAACAAUUUUUUGGGCCUCAAAUAAAAUUUGUGUACAUGCCAAUAUGAACGUGGCAACCUAGUCGAUAAUUGGCAAGGGCGGUGGGGGCAUUUCUUGGGUGGAUAUUCCAUUAGCUUAAUUUGUGUAAAUGCUAAUAUAUGAGCAUUGCUAAAUGCAUGGCUCCACUUAUUUAUAACAAACUCUUAACCUCAGUGCUUACAAGUAAAUCUAGUUAACUAAAAUAUAAUAUCAUUCCAUUAUUAUAAGCCAAUAGCUAAGUCCACACUUUGUCCUAUAUAAGCCAAGGUGGAACUUCAACUCAUUCAACAUUCAACACAAAAAAAAAAAAAAAACUCAACCAAAAGCAUAACUUCCACUCUGUUUAUUCAAGAAUUCAUGGAGAACUUCCACCACUCAAGAAGAUUACUCUGGGAGGUGGCCGCCGUGGUGCCGCCUCCUAUGCCAGCCGGAAUAACUAGCCCCGAGACAAUUGAUGAUCUACAAAUUGGAAAAAAUGUCAACACAUUUGAUGCAAAUGUUAUUAUGGUGUUAGCAGUAUUUGUAAGUGCCAUAAUUUGUUCACUUGUGUUGAACUCCAUCAUAAAAUGUUUCUUUAGGUGCUCUACCCUAGUUUUAAUAGACUCAUACUCAAACCAUACAAAUCCUUCAUCAACCAAUAAAGGGAUCAAGAAAAAAGCCCUCAAGACAUUUCCAAUUGUAAGAUACACUACUGAAUUGAAACAUCCAGGGCUCGACUCUGAAUGUGUCAUUUGCUUAUCUGAAUUCAUUGUUGGAGAUAAAGUUAAGGUUCUACCAAAGUGUAACCAUGGAUUCCACGUCAAGUGUAUCGAUAAAUGGCUCAAUUCACAUUCUUCUUGUCCUACUUGUAGGCAUUGCCUCAUUGAAACUUGUCAAAAAAUUGUCAACGGUGACAAUUUUGUUACUACAAAUGCAAUUUCAUCAUCAACAGUUGAAGAAAUUGUAACAAGGAUUGAACCUCUAGAACGUGAAGGUGUUAUAUCUAAUUAACAAUCAAAAUUAGAAAGAAAAAUAGGAUUAAUUAGUUAUUAAUUGUAUGUAUGAUGUAGAAAAAUUAGCUAUUUAGCAUUAUGAGUUCAAUGUUAUGUAGCUUUCCAGUGAUCCAUUAGUACUCUUGCAAGUGUUUAUAAAAAAGAUUGAGUAUACUAUUAUAUUUCAA